AUGGUGCAAAAGUCCCUGAAAAAUUGGUCUAACAAGCUCGACGAUGCCUUAUGGGCUUAUAGGACGGCUUUUAGGACCCUAAUCGAGACUACACCCUUCCGUUUGGUCUAUAGGAAGCACUGUCAUCGUCCCGUGGAGCUAGAACACAAAGCUCAUUGGGCGGUUAGGACUCUAAACUAUGAUCUGAAAAGUGCAGGUGAGAAAAGACUUCUAAACCUUAAUGAGGUUGAUGAGAUACGCCUAAAUGUGUAUGAAAGUGUCGUUAUCUACAAGGAGAAAACAAAGAAAUGGCACGAUCAACGCAUCACUAGGCGAGAGUUCAAGGUCGAUGAGAAAGUGCUAUUUUUUAAUUUUCGUCUCAAGUUCUUCCUGGGUAAGCUUAAGUCUAGGUGGUUUGGACCGUAUACUAUUACCCAAGUGUUCCCUUACGGGUCUCUUGAAGGAACCGGAGCAAAUGGAUCGUUUAAGGUCAAUGGCCACCGGGUCAAGCACUACAUUGCUGGUGAGCCUCUUGGUGAGGAGGAGAUUUAUGGUAUUUGA